CCGAAUACCAAAUCCUAAUCGUAGCAGCUUCAGUCCUCUCGUUCUUCUCUCUCGUCCUCCAUCGAGCAUCAACCAUGGUGAACGUUCCAAAGACAAAGAAGACUUACUGCAAGUCAAAGGAAUGCCGGAAGCACACUCUGCAUAAGGUUACACAGUACAAGAAGGGGAAGGAUAGUUUAGCUGUGCAAGGCAAACGCCGGUAUGAUCGGAAACAAUCUGGUUAUGGUGGACAAACAAAACCUGUUUUCCAUAAAAAGGCAAAAACUACUAAGAAGAUCGUGCUGAGGCUGCAAUGCCAGGGUUGCAAACAUGUAUCCCAGCAUCCAAUUAAGAGGUGCAAGCAUUUUGAGAUAGGUGGAGAUAAGAAGGGGAAGGGGACAUCUCUUUUUUAAAUGGCUAGUUAUGGCAAAUUGCAGUCCUGGUCGUGUUGCUAUUCUAUGUGGCUUGACAUUUCAAUUAGACAUUUUUGAUUUUGCCCACCUCAGUGUUUAGGUGGUUUCAGUUGUAGUUGUAUGCAGUUUGGGAGGAUGCUUGGAUGUUUAUUUUAUGUCUGAUCAAGGUACCAGUUUUGUCUUAAUGUUUGAAACUUAUUGCUCUAUUUGCUGAAGAUGCAGUAUAGCCUUUAUUUUCCCCCCAAUUAUGAGUGUUGCAUGCUUG